UAAAUGUUGUGUGUGUUCACUCGGAGCCCUCUAUCUUCAACUGCUGAUACCUUCCUGCACAGACCAACAAUGGAGCUUGGUAUCAGAAUCAGCCCCACAAAACUAAUCAACGUGAAUUCGAUUUCUCUUUCCCUUCUAAACCCAUUUCUUCAAUUCAAGAACCCACAAGGAUCAUCCAAUCCCCACAAGCUAUUGUCCUUCUCCCGCCAAGUUCACCUACAGCAACUUCCUCAAUUUCAUCGAUGUUCGAGCCGUUUCAAGGCUUUGGCGUCUCCUUCAGCUGUUUUUGGUGCAGAGAAGGACCAGCUUCUUUCCGACAUUCGGAUUACUGAAACCCAAGAGCCCAAUUUGAGAGUUAGGUUGAGUGUAGAAAUUCCGCCAAAUGUAUGCGAGGAUUGUUAUAAAGAGGUUAUAAGAGAACUCAUGAAGAAAGCAAAGGUCCCUGGAUUUCGCCCUGGAAAACAAGUUCCCGAGAGUGUUCUUGUAGGCUUUGUCGGGAAGAAAAUGGUCGAACAGGCUACAAUUGAAUCUAUUUUGAAGAGGACCCUUCCACAUGCCCUGUCUUCGGUAAGUGGAAAGGCGUUGAGGGACACAGUCCGCAUUACAACCAAAUUUUCCGAUAUGGAGAAGACUUAUUCUACCCUAAAAUCUAUCAGAUAUGAUGCUAUCGUUGAUCUGGCACCUAAAGUGAAAUGGAUCCCUGAGGAUGCAUACAAAAAUCUGAAAGUUAUAGUUGAAAUAGACUGUGACAUAGAAGCACAAAGAGCUGUUGACCAAGAACUAAGACGUCGUCACAAGUCCCUUGGUUCACUGAGAAUCAUAAUUGACAGAGGAUUACAGAUUGGUGAUGUUGCGGUCCUUGAUAUAUCAGCAACGACAAUUGAUCAGGAUGAAUCAAAUGUUCAAAAUAUUCCUGCUGCAGAGAGUAAAGGUUUUCACUUUGAUACAGAGGAGGGGGAUAAAGUGCUUCCUGGUUUCCUUGAUUCAAUUUUUGGAAUUCGACGAGGUGAAAAAAAGUCCUUUCCUCUUGUAUUCCCUGAAUCAUGGAAACAAGAGAAUCUACGUGGUGUUCAAGCUCAAUUCACCGUUGAAUGCAAAGAAUUAUUUUAUAGAGAUCUGCCUGAGCUUGAUGACUCAUUUGCUGAAAAACUUAUUCCUGGAAGCACAACUAUCCGGCAGGUUAAGGAAUCGUUAUUGCAAAGAUACCAAGAAGUAGAGCAAACAGCGAAAGAACAAGCGACUGAUAAUGCAAUUCUGGACCAGCUUCGCCAGAUGGUGGAAGUUGAUAUCCCUCAAUCCUUGUUUGAAGAACAAGGUAGGCAGCUGUAUGGAACCCAGCUUCUCCAAAUGCAGGCAACUAUGAAACUGAAUGAAAAGCAGUUAGCUUACCUAUCAAGUGCUAAGGCAGUGGAUGAAUAUUUGGAGCACAAGAAGGAGAAUAUAAUAAAUUUGAUAAAACAAAAUCUGGCUGUCGCAGACAUCUUUGAACGUGAAAAUUUGCAGUUCUCAACAGAGGAGCUUGUCAAAGAGAUUGAGAAUUCUGUCGAAGAGUUCAAGCGUAGCAAAGUAAAAUAUGACGAGGAGCGUGUGAAAGAGCAGGUUCAGGAGAUUCUGGAGGGAGCAAAAGUGCUCGAAUGGUUGAGAGAGCACGCAGAGAUCGAGUACAUAACCAAGUAAGAGAGAGCAUAGGAGAUGAAGCAUAGGAACAUUGGAUUACAUUCUCAAGCGGUAUCAUCACAUCCCAGAAUUUUUGUUUCUUCAUAGAUAAUGUUGUACUAGUUGUUCAAUAAAAGAAAAAUACCAUUUUGAAUACUAAAAUUAUUUUUUAUUUUUAUUAAUGUUUGUUUUUUUGAUUGUUGGUCCGAAUGUGACUAGUUCAAGGAAAUCCUCGUUGCUCUGGUAAAUCCCAAUUCCUGUAGUUUUUGUAAA